AUGCCGCGCAACCCCCCAAUAAGGCGGCUGGGGGCGUUCGCUGUCGCCGCGGCUAUCAUCGCCCCCUUCGCCACGGCCGCUUCGACACCAGCGCCAAAUGAUCUGCCCUCGGUCAACUUUAGCAAGAUGGGCCGCGUUGUGUUCGGUGGCGAAUUCGCCGGACUAGACUGGUUCACAUCACAAUCACCUUUUGCUGUUAGAGCCGCAGACAACGGAACGAUCGUCUCGUAUUCUGCGACCGCUGACACGCUUGUGAUGCGCGCCGAUGACGGGACAGUGACGCCGAUCGGUGCAACAAACGAUGGCGGUCGCAUCUCGUCCAUGUGCUGGUCCAAUGACGGCAUUCUGUACGUCGGCGGCGAGUUCAACCAGUUUGGUGGCAUCAACGCCAACAGCGUUGUCUCAUACUCACCAUCUCAAGCCAAGUUCUCAGCAAUGGGCACCGGCAUUGCUGGCCCUGUGGAAACACUCUACUGCGACGACGCCGACCAUGAUGUUUGGGCGGGCGGAUUCUUCUCAGCACCCGAAAGCUUAGGAAACGUUGGCCGCUGGUCAACAGAGACGUCCGCGUGGGCAGCUGUGCCGUUUGGUGGACUCAACGGUCGCGUUCGGGCCAUCUCGUCAAGCUUGGACGGCGGUAGCCUCUAUUUCGGGGGCGAGUUUACAACGCAGUUUGCCGACAACUCGAACACAACUGCGCGCACCAUGGCGUCUGUAUCCAUCGCCCCUCCCAACACCAUCACAACUGGUGAUUCAGGAUAUCUUGUGCCAGUUACCAUUCCCGCUGCCGCCUCCGAGUUUGGCGGCCUGCACAUCAAUGCUGCGCCCGCCACCAACCAGGACCAAUACAACAACGCGGACUCGAUCGUGUGCCCGAAUACGGGACCAUGGCUUGCCCGCGACGCUUCGGUCGCUACUGUCAACAUCCUCGGCUACUCGUACUUGACAGGCAGCGGUAUCCGCAUGUCCAACGGUCUCGUCGGGGGUCGUGGCACGACCUCAUUCACCGUCACCACACUGCCUGACAACACCGUGUUGACACUCAAGUACACGGACCCAGUGACUCGAGAGAUCAAGACCUGCAGCAAGAAUUGCCCUCUCUCCGUCGACCCCAACGUGCACGCACAGGACUUCCUCUUCGAAGGAGGUUCGAGAGCUCUGACGGGAUUCAAUAUUGUCCUCGACUCUUGGCAAGGUGCAGGCGCCGGUGUCAACUACAUCCAACUCCUUUCCAACGGUGCUUACGCAUCGGCCGUUUCAUCGAACAACCAGGGCUUUUGUGGGCCUUCAAACAGCUCGAUUCACACUAUCGGUGACUGGGACAACGCAAACGCCCCGUCCAACAUUUCUGGCACGGAGCAGGGUUACAUGUCCUCGACUGUGCCUGUCAACAGCCCGUCAGACACCUCCAUCACGCUUUACCCCUGGGUUGGCUCAGCGGGCUUUUACAAGAUCUACCUCAUAAUCCCGGGCUGCAACAACAUCGGUGACUGCGCCAGUCGCACAACCGUGGACGUCGCUAUAUUCCCCACAGAGGGCGGCACUCCUUACACGGCGACCAUCAACCAGAGGGUCACUGAGGACACCGAGGUGUUGAUCUACGAUGGUUUAGUUGAUGCGUCCAACACAACGUUCAACCCCACCAUCCGCGUCGCUCUUCCCAAUGACCCUGCGAAGGUAGGCUCGUCAAACUACGUCGUCGUUGCCGCAGGCGUGCAGAUGCAGCUGACCGGACUGAGCACUGGGCAGGAGUCUUCCCCAGGCUCAUCGUCCAGCGUUAGUGGUGGAGCCAGCGGUUCCCAGACUGGUGCUCCUGCACCCGUCACCACUGUCGUCGGUCAGAGCACGGUCGUCGUCACACCUACUGGCACCCAGCCUCUGACGACUGUGAUUGGCGGCAGCACGGUUAUUAUCACACCAACUGCGACUCUGGCGUCCUCGGCCUCCAGCGUGACCUCAUCUGGCUCAAUCAUCCCCGCUCCAACGUCCUCUGGUGUGCGCACGGCGUUUGGUGUUUAUGAGUAUGUCCGCUCCUCUCGGAACCUCAACGCCAUUAAUGCGCUCCUCCCGAAUCAGACCGAGACCGGCGUCACUCGCCUUGGUUUCUCUCUUGACGUGAACAACAACCAGACUGCUGCCAGGGACUUCCAGGUCACUACGAUCGUGCCUGCCGACAACCUUGUCCUCGUCGGUGGCUCCUUCAAGACGCGCGACUGGUCCAACAUCGCGUCUGUGGACAAGGACUCUGGAAUCAUCACCCCUCUCGCUGGGCAGGGUCUCAACGGCGCAGUGGCCGCUGCUGUCACUGUCGGCCAGUACGUCUAUGUUGGCGGCCAAUUCACGAGCACGGUCAAUGGCGGCGACCAACUCAACAGACUUGCUCGCUACGACGUUGGAGGCAAGAAGUGGGAGGCCGUCGAAGAGGGUGUCGAUGGUCCUGUUACCGACAUUGUCCCGUUCAAGGACGGGCUUCUGAUCGUUGGCAACUUCAGCAACGUGCUUGCAUCCAACGGAAGCACGCCAACCGGCGGUUACGCUCUCUACAACACGUCGACAUCCAAGUGGUUCAACAGCGGUAUCGUGUACGGCACUGCGACAGCGGCGGCCGGUACAGAUACCAACGCCUACUUCGGUGGCCGCAUCCGCGGAGCCUCGCGAAACGCUGUUAACGGCGUCGCCUCGCUCUCAAGCAAGGAUGGCAUCGGUCAUAUCUCCAACCUCGAGGGUGUUGCGUUCUCCAACCAGGGCUCGGCUCCUGCUCCCACAAACCCCACCAGACGCUCGCUAACUGCUCGCUGGCUCUCACGCAUCCACCAGGGCCUUGUCGAACGCCAGGCUGCGGCGCAGGCGGCUCCUUACUCGGAGGAACCCGUCGUUGCGCCGGCCAGCCUUGCCGGAACCUACUGGACGAACUCGUCCAAUGCCAACACCAUGGUCACCAUCAUGGGUGGCAAUUUCUCUCAGGGCACCGGUGACAACCUCAUCUCUGGCGUUGCCUUCCAGUCUAACGGUGCUCUCACUGGGCCGCCCAACCCUGUGUCCGGUGUCGUCCGUGCUCUUGAGGUCCACAAAGACAUGCUCUACAUUGGCGGCUCUGGUGUGAGCGUGACUGGCAAGGGCAGCUCAUUCCUCGCCCUCAAUCUGAAGACCAACUCGUGGAAGGAGCCGAUGCCUCCCACCUUGUCUGCCGGCUCGAACACGACUGUCAACGUCAACGCGAUCAAGGCUCAAAUUGGCGCUGACAUUAUUAUUGUCGGCGGUAACUUUGCGCAGGCCGGCGACCUGCCGUGCCCCGUUAUCUGCCAGUGGAACGCUGCGAAGACACAGUGGACGAGAGUGGGCAACAACGCUCCUUCCGCCGGUGAGGUCAAGUCUCUGGCUUUUAACAACAACAGCACGCUCGUUGCCGGUGGCUCCUUCGUCAUUGGCGGCAAGAACGUUUACGCUGCCCGCUACACGUUCAACGACAGUGGUGCGAACGGAGCGUGGGAGCCCCUUGACGGGCUGCCUGGCCCGGUCCAGUCGAUCGUGAUGAACGACCAUAACGCGUCCAACAUCUUUGCGGCCGGUUUCGACGCUUCCACCGCGAAGCCCUACCUGCAGCACUGGAACGGCGGGGCGUGGACCGAGCAGAACUCGUCUCUCCUGAUGGACGGCACUUCCAUCGAGAACCUGGCCUUCGUUCCGCUCUCCAAGGAGCACACGGCCCGUGGCAGCAUCGAGAACAACCGUAUGCUCAUGGCGACCGGCAACGUCUUCCUCGCUGGCCAGGGCAACGUGUCUUCAGCCCUCUAUGACGGCAGUCAGUGGUACCCUUACCUUGUGGGUUCGAGCCCGACGGGUGACAUGGGCACCGGCUCCUCGCUCUUUUGGUCCGAGUCGAACUUUAGCUUUUCUCUCUCCAGCCACCCCUACCUCGCGCGCGGUCUCGUCGUUCUUGUCGCCAUGGCGAUUGCGACCGGCCUUAUCCUCCUGAUAGUCCUCCUCAUCCUGCUCGUGGCGUUCUGCUUCCGGCGUCAGGACCGCAAGCGCCGGCCGGCACAGGACAUGUAUGAGAAGGACGAGGCGCGCAGCGAGGUGUCAUCCACGCACAACCUCAUCCACUCGCACGUCCAGACUGCCCUCGAGCAGAGCUUCGCCCCAGCGCAGUAUGCGCCUGGCCACCACCCUGGCGCGGCGAUGGCUGCGGCAGGUGCGGCGGGUGUGGGCGCCGGAGCGUACGCCCAGCACCGCGCGGCCGAGUCGUCUGACAGCCACUACCUCGACGCGGUCGAGUACAGCCAACCUGUGGAAGCGGAGGAGUAUGGCGCGGCUGGCUCGUGGGAGGGGAGUGACGAGGGACGCGAGACGGUGAUGAGGUACGACUUCUGCGGCCCAGAGUUGCAGUCGGGCGAACUGUCCAUGAAGGCGGGACAGCGCGUCAUUGUUCUCGACGACGAGCAGAGCGACGAGUGGUGGUACGCGCGCGACCCGGCAACCGGACGACAAGGUGUUGUGCCUGCGACGUACGUGUUGUGA